UUUCAUUCCAAGCCGUGAUUGAACGGUAUGAUCCCAAAGCCAUCUACAAAAGAAGGAAUUUAGAGUUCUAGAAUCUUGCUAUGAAGAAAUGUAUAUGUCAAAUUUGUUCCUGUGGGUACGUAUACAUUUUAUCCAGUUUAAAAAUGUUUCUUAUAUAAAAUUUCAUCAAGUCUUUAUACUGUACACUAUAUGACCGGCUUAUAUAAACAUAUAUUGAAUUUCUAACAUACCGUAUCAUAAAUACAAGUUUAUAUACAUAUAGCUGUACAAAGUUACGUUCAUUCCAUCCGAUUUUUCAAAAAAGUUUCAAUUAGCCUGUUUGUUACAUUCUGGAGCGACUGGCCAAAUUUUCAUGAACACUCUUUCGACAUGUGGCUUCCUAAUAGGAUUUUCUUACUAAUCUUUACAAAUUAUUCCUGGCGUCUGCGUCUUAAAGCUGUUUGCGUUUAUACAACAAAGUUUGGCAUGUUUAAACUGUUCUGGUUGUAGUUAAGCAAGUGCUAUCUAGAAAGAGAAGACGGGACUUUGGUUAUCUAAUGAUCAUUACAAAUCUUGAAAUGAAUCUGAAUUCUAAAUGAAUUCGGAUUUCGCAGCCGUAGAUGUCGUAGAUAGUGCUCUUCGCGCGCACAACUGGACGAUGAACACAGCUGGAUUGCUUGGUCUUGAGCCACAAUUUUGUCAACUACAAAUGGAACGGACAAAUGUAUAAAUGAAUGUAUAUUGCCACUCCAAAUUAGACUUAGACCCGUAUUCUAAAAGCUCACUCACAGUGGAGGUUCAAUACUUCAAUCUGAGCUUCUCAUGAGUGCUGUUUUUGAAUAGCUGGAGGGUGAGUACUGAGUAGUCACAUAGUACGCUACGACACUAACUCUCCAGCUAUUCAAAAACAGCAAUGACACUCGAGAGAAGUUCAGAUUGAACUUCCACUCAUUGAGCGUGAGUGAGCUUUUAGAACACGGGCGUUAGUUUCCCGUCCUCGGCCCGCGUCUCCUAGAACUGGCCGUAUGAUUUGUCCAUUAUUGCUAACUCGUUUCCAUUAUUUGACCUUUGUGAGAGGGUCUUAAUGGGGGUCUUUGGGUGUCAGUUGUCAGCUAAAAUUUAAGCCAAUUGUCAGUUGUCAGUGCGAUAUAUUGCAAGCUGUCAGUAGUCAGUUACUGCAAAAUGCUGACUUAUAAUUUUUUUCAUCAUUUCUCAGUAGUCAGUUAGGAUAUUUUGUCAGUUGUCAGUCAAAAAUUCAGGCAAAUGUCAGUAGUCAGUUAAUUAACCCCAUUCAGACCCUCUUGUGACUAAGAAGAACGAAAAUUCACAGUUUUCGAAUAAUCUGUCGUUCAAGAAAUACAUAUUUAUAAUGUAAUACUUAAAAAUCGAAAUAAAAUUGUUGACUUAACUUUUAUGAAAGAGCGUGAAUUGUUGUUUUUGUUCGUUUUUACUACAGUAACCGCCGAGCUAGACCCUUCCGUUACACGUUUUGAUUUUCGAACGUAAUAAAAGGAUGAGAUUGAUUAAUAUCCUGGCUUUCAUUUCUGCAUACAAAAAAUCCAAGACAUUCCGUAGAAACGCUGAAUGGAUAUUUAGAACUUGUAUCUAUUUCAUGGAACGAAUGGGUUGUGGAAAUUUGAUUAUAGGGUCGGACAGGAAACUAAGUAGUCUAAUUUGGAGUGGCCUAAAUAACAUAUUUGGAACCGUGCUAAAAUUUGCAAGAACACCGUGUACCAUUUUAGGUAUCGGGUUCCGAAACCAACCAGAUUUGUAGAAUUAGGUCUAAUAACUCACAUUUCAAUUUUAUUUCUACGAUGAGUUCUUGAAUAAACCUACUAUAGAGUCGUACACACAUAUAAAAACACACAAGUUGUAACAAACCUGCAGCAGAUUUGUAGCAAUGCUGUUCCAACAACUUGUCAACAGGAUGUGUUCGCACUGCUUGUUUCCAGCUUGUUCACAGGUUGUCAACAGCUUGUUGACAACUUGCUACAAGGUUGUCAAGCUCAACAGACUUGUUACAAGUUGUUCCAACAACUUUUUAUCGUUCUGCAAUUCAACAAUUUGUCAACAAGUUGUGAGUAACAACUUGAUGAAAUAACAGCAUUGUUACAACUUGUUGACAAGCUUGCUACAAGCCUGUUGCGAACACAUCUUGUUGACAAGUUGCGAGAUUUACACGUGUGUAUAGUCUUAGAAACGGAUGGUUAACAAAAUCUUUGCUGGUUUGAUAAUUAGUUUGUCAACAUAGACAAAAAAUACGAAAAAAAAUCGGUUUAUGGGUUCAAAAAAAACACAUUUGACAUUGCGAACUUUCAAGAAGAUGUUAGACAUAAAUUGUUCCAUUGCCAAUUGUGCUAAUCUAUAGCUAUAGGCUAUAUAGCCUUUAAUACUGCUUCUGAACAGUUCUCUGAUUCUGAGUCGGAUGUCCGUUUGACGGAUGAUCUGUAUUCACGGAUCGAGGUGAUCAGAAUCUAUAGUACACAUCGAGCCAAGAUUCCAAGAAUUACUUAAUAUGCUAUAAGUAGAUUUAAAGAUUUUUAAAAAUCCCACGAGAGUUUAACACAAAGGGAAUGGAGGUCAAAUAAUGAGUUUCAAUCUGUUGAAAUGAAGCCAAAAAAUUAUUGUCCCAAACGGGAAUAAACCUAGACUGGCUAGAACUAGAACAACCUCGGCGCUCUGACCACUGAACGGUGAAAUGAACAUAACUCGUAUAACUGGGACGCUAUACCUGCAACCGAAAAUUUCAGUGAAGUCAAACUUGAAGGGCUGCCCCAGUCUUUUCACGCAUGCGAAGAUGUCAACACGACUGAUGUAUUCUUGAAAACAGGCUUACAAUUUACAUAAAAAGCUUAAAUUUUUACAGUUUCGAAGCCUUAUAUUAAUGCAUUUAUUGAGGUAAAAAUUCGUGCAUUAUUUUCAGAUUUUUCUUAUUUUCCCCCAAUAAUUGUUUAUUGAAAGGGCAUGCAUGCUUGCCCCCCGAACCUGGUCUCGUGGGAGAAUUUGCGAGGUAUACGCCCGUAUUCUAAACGCUCACUCACACUCAAUGAGUGGAGGUUCAAUCUGAGCUUCCCUUGAGUGUCAAUGCUGUUUUUGAAUAGCUGGAGAGUUAGUGUCGUACCUUACUAUGUGACUACUCACCCUCCAGCUAUUAAAAAACAGCACUGACACUAAAGGGAAGCUCAGAUUGAACCUCCACUCAUUGAGUGUAAGUGAGCUUUUAGAAUACGGCGAUAGUCACGCGGAUCUUGACACCAAGCUUACGGGUCGAAAGCUAUGCAAUAAUGCAUAGAUAUACGUCUUGUUUCCACAGACCAAGACUUGCAUAAAACAAAACUAUUAUAACUGUAUACUAAGAAAUUCUUUCAUUUUUUCCAGCCGUCAUCGCUGCCCGCACACGUUAGGGCAACAAAACAGAGUCAUCAACAAAGACGCCAUAAACAAGUGCAAUGUGACUGAAUACAGAGGACGUUUUGAUGAAGUCGCACCCAAGAGAGGUCCAUUCCUGAGACCGACGGAUCAAAUACGGUACGAAGGUCCGACUAGCACCCAGACCACGAACGCGACGUCCUAUGUCACGCAUGUAGUAAAAGUCCCCAAACCAAAGGAGCCCGAGAAGUUCGUCCCCAAUCCACAUCGCUUCAAUGCGGUCUCAGAACACCAUGAACACUACAGGAAACUGAAUGGCAUUCCCGCUAGAAUUCCGCCAUAUUUGAAAACCACAACCAUGCGAAAACCUUCGGCAAGGGUGGAAUAUAUUUCUACUAAACAAGAUGAUUUUAAGCCCUGGACUUCGCCGGCGAGAGUUCAAGCUGUUCACAGAGAACAGCCCUAUCGGCCACCCAGUAAGCCUUUUCAGGAAACCUCGCUACACAGACAGGAUUUCACACGUUUUUAUCAACUGCCAAACCCCAGCGCAAGACAGCCGGAUAAGCUGAAUUUUGGGAAAGAAGUUGAUUUUCAAACUACAACUCAGACUUAUCAUAAGGCGCUCAAGGUAUGGACUAAUUAUCUAAUUCUGAAUAAUUCCUAAGCAAUUUUACCAAUCAGAAACAUGCAUUUAAUCACGAGGUAUCCUAUCCGAACACAUGAUGUGAAAUUAUUUUAAUUGAAAAAGUAAGAAAUGAACGAAAAUUUAAAUAUUGUUCAUCGUCGUCCAAUUCACUGCAGGAUUCAGCUGAAAUAAGACCUACAUAAAUGAGCUCAUAGAUCGCUAAUAAAUAAGACCACUCUCUUUAUUAAUUUUAAUCGUAAAUACAUAAAAGCAUUUGGACAUAUUAAGACCAAUCCAAGAAAGACAACAAUAGCUGAACAAUGGUAUUUAAAGACACAGACACACAUUACCACCAAGGCCGGAUUUUGGUGGAAAUAGUGGAGGAGGUGGAAAAUAAUUUAGGGAAGGUGCAGCUAGUAGCUCACGACCUCCAUGUCAACAAUGUGACGUGUGCAUGUAGUGUACAUACAGCUAUUUCAAUUAAGGUUGUCCACGAGCAAAGCGGAAAAGUCGGAUACGAGCGCGAAAGCUGCUGGGAAUCGCUUUGAAAAUUCAUUAAUUUGUUAGCGAUUCCCAGCAGUCCUUCGCGGCGCUCGUAUUCGACUUUUCCGCUUUGCUCGUGGACAACCUUAAUUGAAAUGGCUGUAUGUAUCAGUGUAUUAAUGAAUUAAUUAUGAGUGUCCAACCCAUCUGGCAAUUUUGCCCUUCAUUACAAUUACUACGGCAAAGUUUCUUUCAAAACAUUACAUUAAAGUAAAAGGAUACUUGACACAGAGACGAAUGGCUAUAUCACUGUUUCAAUUUUACAGAAAAACUUUCUUACGAAGUGUAGACCCUAAGCAACCAAAAAAAUGUCAAAUUUUCAUUUUGAUCCAUCAUUGACAAGGGGAGGUGCAUGACUUUUCAGGGGAGGUGCAAAAAUUCUCAAAGGAGGCGCAAAACGAUCUCGGGGGAGGUGCGCACCUCGAGAACCUCUCAAAAUCCGGCCAUACGUUAACACACUGAUAUAUUUGAACAAAUAUUAACACGAAAAAUGCAUCAACAAGUUGGAUUGUAGCAAUGACACUUGGACUACAUCUUCCGCAGGCCAUACAGCCCGUAAUGAGUAUGCCGGUUCGCAGGUUUAAAUUUGGAAUUUGAGACGAAGGCUUGCGUAGCUGUAAGUUUCCGUUCGUUUCCCACCAAUUUUAUUUUUUUUGAAAGGCCUGCGGAGGAGGUAGACACUUGGAUGUCUUCCAAGUUCGCAUUCGAUUGACGUCAAAGGUAGAUUCAAGUUUGGAAAGGUAGUUUUGAAUUGUGUUUGAAAGAGGACACGGAGAGAAAAAGAGAAAAAACAUAUCCUGGAACAACUAACGACAUUAGAGAACAGCAGAGAACAUGCCGGAACUAUUAAUUCAGUGAUAGCAAGUUAAUAUGUUCCAUGGGGAUAGAUUUUCUUUCGCAAAAAAAGUGAACAUCUUAUUUUCUACUUUAUAGGCGUCCCCGAGAAAACCUAUUGAGAGACAGCCAGAAAUGGAGGCCUUGCCAAAAACAGCGUUCACAAGUACGUCUGUUUUCAAGGCUGAUUUUGUUGACCACAAAGCGAUCAAAUCCGCCCAUAUGUUUAAACCGGAAAGCCAUUUAUUUCGAACCAAUGAGACGAUGGAACGACAGACUACGCAAGCUGAUUCGUUCAAAGUUUGGCCAACAACAUCACGUCAACGCAAAGCCCCGGAUGUGUACAAGAAACCCGAAGGCGAAAUCGAGAUCAAGCCGAUAUCACGUGAUUAUUCAAAUCACGGAGGGCUGGGAAUUCCCGCCAAAUCUGCACGACCUCGUACCAAGCUGCAACGCGGCCGGGAGUUUCCGUUCAACUCGACCACCAGCUAUUCAAUGGAAUUUCAGAAACACAUCAAUCCGCAGAGAGCUACCUUAAGACAAAAUGGACGAGAUGGUAACGAUAUCUUUCCGAAGUCCACCGAAGGUUCCGAAGCGGUUGCGGUAACCUCCGAGUUUUUGGAUAAAUACAAAAGGCAUCAGGCCCCCCCGGCGAGGAUGUUUAAAGACAAUAGUACACUUUUCAAAACAUCAGCAAGUUUUGUAGAUACUUCGCUCUACAAAGACCAGUUCAGGGGGGAGCGGAUAGAAUGUCCGACGGAAAGUUUAUUACGUAAUGAUAAAGCUGGUUUGUUUACCUUUGAUCGUGUGAACGAGGAAGGUCACAAGGUCUACGAGAUUAGCCCUCGGAGAUCCGAACCUCUCCGGCGGGAAGUGACAGUUGUAUGAAGGCAGUAACCUUGUCCCCAGGACUUUCUGGAGGGCGCGAGGCGGGGGGAGUGACAGUGACCUCUAUAUGUAUACCUGGAGUAAGAACUCGAGUCCAAAAAGUCCAUCCAAUUUUUUAUUGUUUUUGUCUGCGCGAUCAACACGAAGUUCCAAGGAGUAUAUCAAAAUUUCGUAUUUUGACCUCGAUUUAAAAAGACAAAUAUUGUGGUUUAUUGAACUGAUAACUUGUUUAGUGAUACAGUCCAUUAAUAUGGGAACUGAAAUGCAAUUACUCAAUUAGCUGGGACUAACUGGGACUGAAAAGAUCAUUGAUUAAAACUGUGUACGACCGAUUUUGGACAUCUGCAAUUUCUGCCAUAUUGGGUUCACUUUUCUUAGAGGCCGAAUGACUGACGUUCUUGCUCCAGAUAUAUAUAGAGAGGUCGCUGGGCAGAGAUAUGAGAUGUUAUCUAGUUUAAGUAGUUUUACUUUCUAUCAAUUUCUUAUGUGCAGAUAAAGAGCUAUUAUUUAGAAAUACGGUGAAUGAAGAAUUAUUAUAGUUAGGGGUUUAGAAAUAUAUGUAAUAAAGUAUCAAUAUCUACAAUAAGGAG